GACWAGAACGUWUACCGCUUUUGUCAAYUWAACGUCAGAGUUGAUUUUUCGUCGCAAGUAAAAGGCAAGCUUACGAAACAGGUUAUGAAAAUUAACACAGCAGGUUAGCGUAAUUUUAUUGAAAUUGUUGUGCUUUUUACUUAUAUUUUCCAAUAACUGGAUCCCUUCUAACCAUUACCAAGUGAUUUUUUAAAAAUAUAUAAUAUGGCGCUACCGGCUGUCAAUCGUGCGCUCUUUGCUAAUAGGAGUCAAAUAAAACCAUUUAUUUCAGAGGUCUUACGCAACCUGUCAUUAAGUAGCCGAUUKAAUUUUAAGACACAAUCAUUGCAAUGUCUGAAAACGGCGACUUCUCAAUCGAAUGCUGUUACUGUGCACAGAAGGUCACAGCUAUACCGAAUAUGCGAAAGCAAUGGGGAUGGAAAUAGUCGUGCUACGAGUAACUGGACUUAUGCAAUGUGGAGUGCAAUUGCGUUUUCUCUCUUCGGCAAAGCUGAGGAGGACACCAGAACUGAAGCUCAGAAGAAAGAAGAUGAGGUCAUUUUACUUUUGAAGAGAGCCAAGCUCAGUAUAAUGCGGGGGCAGCUGCAUGGAGCCAACGGAUUCCUUCACCAGGCAAUUGCGCUGGCCCACCAGUCUCACAAUACACAAGCAAUCAUCUACACCUACAGCCUGAUGGCAAACCUUGCCUAUGUCCAAGGUGAGCUGGAUAAUGCAGAGAAACUGUUCAAAGCGGCCAUGAGUUUCAUGUUGUCCGGAGGAACACCAGAGGACGACAAUGGGGUCAUUGAGAUGUCCUUGAAGCUUGCUACCAUAUAUGCCGGCCAGAAUAAGAAUGACCUGGCAGAGACUGGUUUCCAGUUUUGCACUGAAUCCCUUGAAGCCAAGUUAGAGAAAUUCAAGGAACUUCCUGCUGAGGAACAGUCAGAGGAGUUGCGGAUGGAGACCCGGCUGCUGCUGGGCCUGACCUUGGACUCCCACGCUCGCUACAUGGCCGCCACACACCGCCUGAGCCGGGCGGCACUGGACUACAAGCGAGCCCUACUUAUCUGCCAGGAAGAGCAGGGAGAGACCCACCCACAGUCGCUGGUGCUGCUGAGUGACCUGGCCACCAUCCUGGACCUGCAGGGCCGCCACGAUGAGGCCCUGCCCCUGGUAAAGCAGGCCGUGGAGCUGAGCAGAGAAGCCGGCCACCCUGACCAGCACGUGUUGUUGGGAAACAUGGCAGGCGUCCUACUGCACAAUGGUCUGUUUGAGGAGUCUGUGAAGCUGUACAAGGAGGCCCUGGCGCUGGCCCAGUCCGUAGGAGAUGAAGAAGCAGUAGAGCAGAUCCGGGAGGGGCUGAAAGAGGUGGGCAACAGGAGGAAAGCAAAGAAGGCGGAAACAGAAGCCCCUAAGACUGGGACCGAAGCCCCCAAGACUGGGACCGAAGCCCCCAAGACUGGGACCGAAGCCCCCAAGACUGAGACCGACUGACCAGUUGGAUCAACCAAACGAAUAUUAACACAACCCCAAGCCAUCUCUCUGAACCUUUGUUUGCAAAUCUGAAGGGACCGAAAUUCGAUGGGUCAUGUAUGCACAAGAUACGGAGCAUAUGGCAUAUAGAGUAGCUCAGGAGGAGAAGGAGAAAUGCAAUAACACAAUCACACUGUUUUCAAGACAACAAUUUUAUCUUACUAUGGGCAUGCAACAAUCUCAUCUGUGAAACCCUGCAAUGUUUUUGUCUGUAUUGUGUGAAAUCUCACUCCAAUGAGGUGUUCUUUUGUUGUCAGUUUGGCUCAAGAUGUAAGGGGAAAGACUUGGAGCUAAAAUAAGUAAGACCAAAGCCGGAAUUCAGUCAAAGGUAUGUUGUCGACAAGCGUAUUGCACAUUUACUUUUAAAUUGCUACUCCUUUAUAUUUACGCUUGAGACAUCAUCCGCAGCGUUUAUCAUGAAUGCGAUCUCUUUACGAACGUCGGGGAAAAUGCGAUUUGUUGACAACCCGCUUUUGAUUGAAUCCCAGCCUGAAUAAUGGCAAGUCAUGUGAAUGACUAUAAAUAAAACUGUGUAAGAUAUGUACAAUU